AUGAAUACAUAUAUAAAAGAAAAUAUUAUCGAUAAUAUAACGAAAAAUGACAUUAAAAAUAUAAAUUUAUACUUAACUAAUAUUGAAGAACACAUUAUAAAAAUAAAAAAUGAAGGAGGAAGUAUCAUUGAUGAAGUGUUUUUAGCUUUUAAUGGUUCUAUUAGUCACAUUUCUUUAUAUUCUUAUUUAUAUGAUCAUAAUAUUAAUGUCGAUUUAGAUUGUUUGAAUUUUAUAUAUGAGCAUAGUUAUAUAGAAGAAGAAAAAGUAAUAGAAGGAAAAGCUAAAGAAGAAGAUAAGAUAGUUGAUAUCACAAAAUUUGAUUCAGAUAUGAUGUACUAUAUAGUUAAAGAAUAUAGAGAAAGGUUUGAAGAAGAUUAUAAUUUGAAUAUAAAAGACUUAGAAAAAAUAAUAUUAGAAUAUAAAGAAAAGAUAUAUGAAGAAUCAAUUAAAAUAUACAAAGAAAAAUAUAGUGAUGGUAUAAAAGUAUACAACAUUUUUUUAGAUUUAAACCACUUUUAUUAUGAUGAAAAAAAAAUGAAAUUUUUAAAAAAGAAAAAAGUUGAUUCUAUCGAAAAUUAUAAUGAGUAUAUAAAUUCUAAUACUGAUGUAGAAUUUUAUGAAUUAAAAUAUCAUUUAUUAACAAAAAAAACUAAAGGACACCCAUCAGUUUUAUUUUGGUCUGAUGCAAUCAAUGAAAUACAUAUAAAAGAUAAAACAAUAAUUGUUUCAGUUGAUGCAAUUAAAUUAACAAAUAUAGAACACCAACAUAUUAUUGGUAUUUUAGGAUUAAAUAGAGAUGGUGAUUUAGUUAUACAAGGUGUUAGAAAUGAAAUAAAAUUAUUUAUUAACAAAAAUUGCAUAAUUAAUCCUGGUAUAUAUUGCAUUGGUCAUCUUAUUUUGCUUCAAGGAAAAAUGAAAUUAUUAAAUAAAACUUUUUAUGUUACUGAGAUAAUGCAUCCACCCAGAAAUUAUGAUGAUGAAAAAAAUGAAGAAGAUUUGUUUUAUGAUUUUGAAAAUGAAAAUGAAAAAAAAGAAAUAUCUGAAUAUGAAAUUAUUGUAAAAAAUAAUGAUAAGAAACAAAACUGGAUAAUUAUGCAUGAUAUAUAUUUAGAUAAUCCAUAUACUUUUGAAAUACUGGAUAAGAUGUUAUCUUUAUAUGUAAACACUUACCCUGAAAAUGAAUUACCUAUCGGAUUUAUAUUCAUGGGAGAUUUUAUAAGUUUAAAGUUUGAUUAUAAUAAAAAUUUUAAUAAUCUAUAUAUGAAAGGUUUUGAGAAAUUAUCUCUUUUAUUAAUUUCAAAAUUUAAAUUAAUUUUACAAAAUUGUUAUUUAAUAUUUAUUCCUGGUAAAAAUGAUCCAUGUGCUUGCAAAAAUAGUAUACCCAAAUUCCCAAUUCUUCCUUAUUAUAUUAGAAAAUUUGAACAGAAUAUUCAAUCAUUUUUUUCUUGUAAAAAAAGAAUAAUUUUUUCUACAAAUCCAUGUAGAAUUAGACAUUUUAAUAGAAAAAUGAUUUUCUUUAGACAUGAUGUCUUGAAUGAUUUAAUUUGGAGUUCUUCAAUAAAUGCAAGUGAUGGGGAUAAACAAAAUUUACAAAAAAUUUUAAUAUCAACAAUAAUUGGUCAAAGUCAUAUUUAUCCAAUUCCACAUGAUAACAGAAUAUUAAAACGCUAUUCUUCUUUUUUAUUUUUAUAUCCUUUACCUCAUUUUAUAUGUUUAUCUGAUAACACUUGUAAUAGUUUCAUUUCUUAUGCUUCUGAUAAUACAAGUGAUUCUAUUAUAUCAAAUUCAGAUUUAUCUUUUACUAAAAAAAAAACAUUUACUGUUUAUAAUGUUAUAAAUCAUGAAGCUAAGAGGUACGUAGUACCUAUCUAA